AACGGAGCCUCAAAAUGUAAAUGUCACCUUUUAAACAAUAAAAAGUUGGUUACUAUGCAAGGACAAUUACGCAUAUUGCAAAACAAAUGAGCUAUCUAUAUUUCUAUGGGGUCAGGUGACAUUCAAAUGCCUGACACGCCCUUUUCUGGCUUGUAAUAAAUUAGUGGCAUGACAGUUUGUCUCCAUAAAAUCAUCAACAAGCCUCAACCUGAAUUGAAGGUGUGGUUACGUGACUGACACAUUAAAAUAACUUUAUAUAAGGCUCCUCAAACAGGCUGCUAUAAAACUGUCCUUAACCUUUUGCACAGAAAGGCACUCCUUUACUGUAGUGAACUUUAGAUAUGUUGCAAUGAACUGAAAUGGUAAUUUUAUUUCUAUUUUAGAUUUGAGUUUUGCUUGUAGAUCAUGUCCACAGAUAGAUAGAUGGAUAGAUGUUUUUCCGUCACAUCCGUGUGCUUGCAAAUUAUAACCAGGAGCCACAGUUCCCCUCUCUUAAGGCAAACUGAUAUCUUAAAGUAGCAGACUCCAGUUGUUGUUGUUCAUCAUCCCUGCUCCAUAAAAACUACAGUAACCAGUUUACCCCGCAAAGUUCGUGCGAAUCAGUCAUCCGCAUUUUUUCUGGAUGAUGUGCGCAGGAAAAAUAGGGCGUUGUGGAGACUCCCUCAUUCAUUCGCAGAGAAAAGUCUCUUUCUAAGUACGUAGACGGGUUGGAUCCUUACGAGACGUUAAAGAAGAGGAAAAAAAAUAGGAAAAGGGCGUUUCGGUUUGAUCCGAGUCACAGAGCAGGGGAGCGUCAACGUGCGCGUAGAUUGGGCUCUGCGUAAAGACCCGCAGACCCUUCUGGAGACACGCUGAAAUUUACAUUGGCAGGAUAAGUUUAGAGGUUCUCCACGCUUUGGAGACGUCCACGAUUUGGACUCGCAACUGCUCAGGAGUUUAAUUGACCUCCUUCUUUUGCGCACAGAGAGGAAAAAGCAACAUUUGCGCAUCCUAGACAUUUUUCUUUUCAGUUGCAGCUCGUGUUUGAGGAAGACAUGGCUAAGUUAUUCAGAGCAGCUAUCAUGGGUCCUCCAGGAUCGGGGAAAGGAACAAUAUCCCAGAGGAUUGCGCAAAGCUUUGGCCUGGUUUAUCUGUCCAGUGGCCACUUCUUACGAGAGAGCAUAGCGGCAAACACAGAGGCAGGUUUAAUGGUGAAGACCUACGUAGACAGAAGCAUGCUCGUGCCUGACGACGUGAUGACCAGAUUGAUGCUGCCCAGGCUGCAACAGAUGAUCGCCCACAGCUGGCUGCUGGACGGUUUCCCCCGGACUCUGUCACAGGCCCAAGCCCUGAACAACAUUUGUCAGAUGGACCUGGUCAUCAGCCUCAACAUCCCCUACGAGACUCUGAGGGAGAGACUGAGCGACCGCUGGAUCCACCCAGCCAGUGGGCGAGUCUACAACAUGGGCUUCAACCCACCUCGAGUGAAGGGUAAGGAUGACAUCACCGGGGAGCCACUGAUUCAGCACGACGAUGACAAACCAGAAGCCCUGAUGGCCAGACUGAGACACUACAAAGAUGUGGCCAAGCCUGUCAUAGACUUAUACAAGUCACAGGGAAUCCUGCAUUCGUUUUCCGGUACAGAGACGGACCGGAUUUGGCCUUAUAUAAACUCCCUCCUCACCACCAAAAUGGACACACAGCCAUCAGAUGCCUUCCAAACCCAGACACCCUGACACUACUAUGAAUGAAGGGGCCAAAGGAAAACGUCACAAAGCAGCCAGAGGAAGUGGGGUGAUGUUUGCACAUGAUGGCCUCAGCUUUUAGUUUCCUUAAUAGUAAGGUAUAGAGAGACAGAUACGGACACCGAUCAAACUGUAGUCAUCCAAGAUGUUUCAAUCACCGGUUGGGUUUUUAAAGGAAAGGUUGUAUGCUGCAAAUAUUUCUAGAGCUUUACUGAUUGUUUUGAUUUCUGCAUUAUCAUAGUGGAAGGUUCAGAUCCUUUGGGGCAAUAUCAAAACGGACCAUUUUUGUAAAUCAUAACUUUAUGCAAGCACUCACCAUCAAGCAGUUUUUUGCACUUUCGUCUUUUAUUAUCUGCAAUUAUUCAGAUCCUAGCACAUUGAAUCUAAACCAUAGCACAUUCAGGGAAUCAAAUUUAAGGUUCAAAACAAAAGAAAAACUAAAUAGCGGAGGAAGAAUUCCCUUUAUUGUAGACCUCCAGUAGCAAUAUUUUAUAGGGUAGGGUAGAAUACAGUCUCGCUCACCAGACCUUUCUCAAGAAAAGAAAGGUCUGGCUGGGCCGACUCUCACUUUAAGAUUGGAGAAAAAAACACCCCGGCUGCUUGUAUUUCUUUCAACCAAUCACAAUCGUUCUGGGCGGUGCCACAGCAACGGUGCGCUUGCAAAAAUAUUGCCAGGGGAAACAGGUUUUGGUGUAACACGCCCACAAAAAUAUCGCCUACAGGACGCGAACCAUGGCAGAAAAAUGGCUACAUCCCCGCAAGAUCAAACACCAUAAAAGUUAGUAAAGGACUUACUGCUAACGGUUGAAAACUGCUACACAACCGGAGGUGGUAGGGCGGGACUUCAGUGGGUGACUCGUUCCACCCAAUGAGAGGCUGAUCUAUGCAGCGAACUUCCACCCACUCAGACUAGGUAGAAUAUUAAACCACAAAUCAAAAUAUUAAGUGUCUCACACCAACGUUACCCCAGAUAAUAAAUGAAAGAAAACAUAAGACAUAGCACUUAAAUAGUCUGUUAUCUUUACACAUUUGAUUCAUUACACUUUACAUUACAUUUUUAUCAUGCUGUUGCCUCCAUGAGUAUACUCCAUAUAAUACUGGAGUAAAACCCUUCAAUUACCCUUCACUGAGGAGUUGUUCACUGAGCACAAUCAUUUUUAUUAAAGGACCUCUAUAUGAUAUUCAGAUUCUUUAUAUCGCAGCAAACAACUAUUUGCUUUGUAAAGAUAUAAUGGAGUAAUGGCGUCCCGAGCAGAAAAUGAAGUCACGCUACCUCUGUGUGGAGUGUAAUCUGAGCUUCUCUGUUCUUUGUUGUCAUAGCCAGUCUGACUGCACAUGCAUGUUAGCGUGGGUGUUAGACAUUGUGUGUGUGUGUAUCCUACUGGCUAGCUUAUCACUGCUGCUCUGCAAUGCACUCAUACGGUGGUUACUGUUGAUAUUAGCGGAAGCAUGGCCCCACCGUCCAGUCCCCGCGGUUCAGCAUCAUUGCCUUUGUUAGCACUCUUAGCGCUGUUAGCACUGUAAGCUGCUAGCAGCCAGCUCAGCCACCUCCAUGUUGAGAGCCGUGUGUAGACAAUCUCUGAGUCAUAGAUACACUCUGAAUGUCACAUAGAGCUUCUUUAAAUUCUCACAACAGUCUUAACUGUCAGAUUGAAUGAGAGCAAUACUGACAUCAUGCAUUGUGUCACAUUUAAAGCCAAAACCAAUCUUUGAAAGGCAUUAUUGGGUCUUUUUUUUCCUCUAAUAAGUUGUGCAAACCUGAAUGUUGUUUAAUAUGCUGUGUAUAAUGCCUACAAGUCAGCUGUUACAUAUGCAGUGAUCCUGCAGAGUCAGUUUUUAUUUGUUUGGCUUGAUCAGCUCAGAAUAUAUCCAUCAGUUACAUAAACAACGUGCGCUAUGUAAACUGCUAUUCUUUGCUUUUUGUAUUGAAAUUCUGCAGAAUAUUAUGCAAUCUGCAACUGAUAACAUGCAGGACAAUCUACUGGGCUGAUGCUGGACAAGAUUGAAAAGGCCCUCGCAGUCACUCUGCAGCACACACUGUGACUGGGAUGAAGACCUGUGCACAGACAAGAGUGUCUUCAAUGCUGUUACAUUCCGUUAGAUAUUAAAGGUUGCCUUGGAGAUUUCGAAAAUGUCACAGAUGAUUGUUUGUAAAAUGCGAUGGUUUGCAGGGUUUGCUCAACUUUAAGAUACAGCUGGGUGUAGCUUUAUGAGUAAUGCAUCACUUUUGUGAUUCAGAAGCAUGGUGGGGGCGCAUAUGUAAAGGUCUAAUCUUUCAAACUGUUUGUAUAAAUCGCUUUUGCAGUGUGAACAAUUUUGUGGGUUUUUUAAAAAUAGUUUUUUGUAAGUGAUUGGUAAAAGUUUGCAAUAAUUUCUCACCCUACAGAAAAGCUUGUUGUCCAUCAUCUGAAGUUAAAACAUAGGUCACAUUUUCACCCAAUGGCACAGCAGUUAGCUCUUUACAAUAACUUAAGCACACUAGUGACUAGACUAAUCUGUGCAAUAAACACCAACAUGUACAUUUCAGCUCUGUUAAACGCUUCACUUUAUAGUACAAUGUUACUACCUGAUUUUUUUUUUGUGAAGCCUCAAAAUGGCAACAUGCACUAAUUCAGGAAUUAGCCAUGAGUGACCCAUCACAUGCAUUAUUUUAAGACUUUCUUUCACGAGGUCAAAACUGCAUUGUAUCAAUGUUUUUCUGUGGCGUUUCUUUCCUCAUCUAUGGUCUAAAGAUAGAAGGUGUUGUAUGUUGUACAGAUUGAAGGCUGCUGAGACAGUAAAAGACCAAAGAUGCAAAAAAGAAGAACUCUAACACUUGUAUUUGAUAAUGUUUUUUGCUUGAGUAACAAGAGGGUAAGAUGUCUGACGAAGCAGGGAUGGGAUGAAUCUGUGGGAAGAGUUAGAGCAUGUGGUUUACACCUUGGUUUUAUGUCGGGGAGCACAAUAUGCAAGUCUGUGUUGAAUGAAAGGGUGUGGUGUCAAACUGUUAUGUUGUAUGUGACCACACCCCACUGCUGUUGUGUAACACCAGGAUUUUUUUUUCUUCCCUAUUUUCAAAACUAUGCUGUCCAAACAUGUUGCAUUCCAAACACAAUAAAACUAUUUUCUCAA